CGGGCUAACCCUGCUCCUCGCUGAAGAUGGAGGAAGUAAAAACAGGAUUACCCUUAGCUACAGAGCCACUGCCUUAGUUUCCACCACCAACUGCAGUGCACAAACACACGUUAGGCACAGGAAAGAAAGAAAGAGAGAGGACACACUAACAGUAAACACAAACAAAAGGGUGAUGGGAUUAUUUUACUGCAUGCACUGAGCCCGACAUUGUCACCUCUUUGAGGGGUUAGAAGAAGCUGAGAUCUCCCGACAGAGCUGGAAAUGGUGAUGAAUCUUUUUUAAUCAAAGGACAAUUUCUUUUCACUGCACUUUGACUAUGGAAACAGAGGUUAUUGAUGGCUAUAUAACGUCAGGUGACAAUGAGCUUUCACCUGAAGGGGAGCACUCCAGUAUGGCGAUUGACCUUACCUCAAGCACACCCAAUGGACAGCAUGCCUCACCAAGUCACAUGACAAGCACAAAUUCAGUAAAGCUAGAAAUGCAGAGUGAUGAAGAGUGUGACAGGAAACCCCUGAGCCGUGAAGAUGAGAUCAGGGGCCGUGAUGAGGGCAGCAGCCUAGAAGAACCCCUAAUUGAGAGCAGUGAGCUGGCUGACAACAGGAAAGUCCAGGAGCUUCAAGGCGAGGGAGGAAUCCGGCUUCCGAAUGGUAAACUGAAAUGUGACGUCUGUGGCAUGGUUUGCAUUGGGCCCAAUGUGCUUAUGGUACAUAAAAGGAGUCACACUGGUGAACGUCCCUUCCACUGCAACCAGUGUGGAGCUUCUUUUACUCAGAAGGGCAACCUUCUGAGACAUAUAAAGUUACACUCUGGAGAGAAGCCGUUCAAAUGUCCUUUUUGUAGCUAUGCCUGUAGAAGAAGGGACGCCCUCACAGGACACCUCAGGACCCACUCUGUGGGUAAACCUCACAAGUGCAACUACUGUGGACGAAGCUACAAGCAGCGCAGUUCACUGGAGGAGCACAAGGAACGCUGCCACAACUAUCUCCAGAAUGUCAGCAUGGAGGCUGCCGGGCAGGUCAUGAGUCACCAUGUACCUCCUAUGGAAGAUUGUAAGGAACAAGAGCCUAUUAUGGACAACAAUAUUUCUCUGGUGCCUUUUGAGAGACCUGCUGUUAUAGAGAAGCUCACGGGGAAUAUGGGAAAACGUAAAAGCUCCACUCCACAAAAGUUUGUGGGGGAAAAGCUCAUGCGAUUCAGCUACCCAGACAUUCACUUUGAUAUGAACUUAACAUAUGAGAAGGAGGCUGAGCUGAUGCAGUCUCAUAUGAUGGACCAAGCCAUCAACAAUGCAAUCACCUACCUUGGAGCUGAGGCCCUUCACCCUCUGAUGCAGCACCCGCCAAGCACAAUCGCUGAGGUGGCCCCAGUUAUAAGCUCAGCUUAUUCUCAGGUCUAUCAUCCAAAUAGGAUAGAAAGACCCAUUAGCAGGGAAACCUCCGAUAGUCAUGAAAACAACAUGGAUGGCCCUAUCUCUCUCAUCAGACCAAAGAGUCGACCCCAGGAAAGAGAGGCUUCUCCCAGCAAUAGCUGCUUGGAUUCUACUGACUCAGAGAGCAGCCAUGAUGACCACCAGUCCUACCAAGGAAACCCUGCCUUAAACCCCAAGAGGAAACAAAGCCCAGCUUACAUGAAGGAGGAUGUCAAAUCUUUGGGUACCCCCAAAGCUCCCAAGGGCUCCCUGAAGGACAUCUACAAGGUCUUCAAUGGAGAAGGAGAACAGAUUAGGGCCUUCAAGUGUGAGCACUGCCGAGUCCUUUUCCUAGACCAUGUCAUGUACACCAUUCACAUGGGCUGCCAUGGCUACCGGGACCCACUGGAAUGCAACAUCUGUGGCUACAGAAGCCAGGACCGUUAUGAGUUUUCAUCACACAUUGUUCGAGGGGAGCAUACAUUCCACUAGGCCUUUCCAUUCCAAAGGGGACCCCGAUGAAGUAAUGAACUGCACAUGAAGAAAUACUGCACUUACAGUCCCACCUUCCCUCACAUGUUAACAUACCUUUUUUUUUAAUAUUAUUACUGUCACUAAUCCUUACUUUGUGGAUGCAGUGUCAUUUGCUCUGCCUAAUAACAAUAUGAAAGAAGCAGAAGAGAGAAGGGACAGGGGAUAUUCUUUCUUGAUAACUUGGCUAGUUUAUAUUUUGUGGGAAUUUAAGAGCAGUUCAUUUCUGCCAUGCAUUGAUAUAAGGCAUAUUAUGCUUUGGAAAAAAAAAUCACUUGAUUCAUAUAGGUUCACCUAAGAGAUUCUAAUUUGCCACUGAUGUUCGGGAAUAUGAUUUGAAGGCAGGAAUGUUGAGAAUUUUCCAGGUAGGAUUUGUGCAGUUGAAAAUGGUACAAGCAAUUUUACUCUUUAAAGAAGAAUGUUUCAAAAUGUAAACUUAUUUUUCCCUCUAGAGAUCAUGGAACACAAACGCAUUGUUAUUUUCAGUGAUAACUCCUUGGAUGAGUUAUUAUUGUAUGUUUACUUCCCCUAUGGAAUUUAUAAUACAGUAUGUUACACACUGUACCACAUAGUAAAACUUUUAAACUACAGGUAGUUAAGGAUACCUACAGUACAUCCGAGGUCCUAUGAUCUUAUUUUUCUAAACUUAAGCACUGUUUUUCCAUAGUUUUGAUGACUGGCAUUUUAUAGACACCCUGGCAGCCUUACUUUUAACACCUUUAACUAAUAGUGUUUUUAUGUAGUUUUCAGAAUAACAUAUGGUCUAAGAAUGGCUAAGUCAAUAGUUUCCAGAAGGGACCUCUACUUUUCAUAAAUUUGUUUGGGAAGUUUUCCUUUAAAAGUUGUAAGGUGAUGGCAGCAUAGUAUAUGUAUUUGUUUUUAAAAGUAUGCUUGUGAUUGUCACUUUAACAACAUUUAAUCAGUGUUAACAAGUCAGCAGAAAAAUAUAAUUAGGCUAACAGUAGGGGGAAAAAAUCUACUCAGAAAUCUCUUUUCUGGUAUUUCUCUUUUCACGACUUUUUUUCAAGCUGUGACCACCCAGUGUUCGUCCAUAGUCCAUUCUGCUUGUGCUCUUCUAGUGGAAGGUCUUAAAAAUCUUGCUGUAGGCUCUUUUCUUCAACAUCUUCUUAGAGCAAUUGCUAUUUUGACUGAAAUGUGGUAACUUGAAUGCCAUAGGUUAUGGAACUAGGGCUAUUUAUUCUAGUAUUUGUUCAAUAAUUAUAUUUCCCACUUUUGGUGCAAGAAAAGGGGAACUUUGUAACCUAUACAUUGAACUACAGAUGAAAUGAAAAACAGAACUUAUUUUUACCCUUCUUGGAGUCUAGAAUGUGACUGAACCUCCAAGUGAAAGUGACUAUGUCCUGUACUUAUCAGAAGUGAAUCUCAAUCCCAUGUUGCCAUAUUUCAUGUGCAGAUUUUCAUUUCAUUAUUGUGGGUGCUCUGUGUUUUCUUUGCAAUCCAACAGCAUUGGAGGGAAGGAACCAAGUGAGACUGAUUAAAGUCACUUUGGGGGACACUCUUGGGAGGCAAAACUUGCUGAUUUGUUUAGGAAGGACAGGCCUGAACAUGACUGGCUUAUCAAUAACCAUUUAUGAAUACUGAAGUUCUGUUAAGUAGUAACUGAUAACUACUCUAAAAAAAUCAUUAAAUAGGAUACUGAAACUAUGUUUCUUAAUACAAAUAUUAUGAGAAAUCGCAAAACCACAGAGGUCUGUGGAUAGAUAAGCAAGUCUGGCCCUAACACUGCUCUUCAGUCAUUUUCUUGCUUACCAUCUGCUUAUUUAAACAACUUCUAAGCAUGAACUCAGCUAGAGCUAAGCAAAAAUGGUUACAACUCAGUUCUCUCCUAAGGGAAUCCAAACAAUUCCCUUAAAUCUAAGAGAAUGCACCAAAACAGAGAUGUGAAAUGUUUUAAAUAGAAUGUCAACUCUCAUUUUUUUUUCCUGCAUGCUUUGGUACAUUACAAAUGUACAGUUUAUUUAAGGUGAAGCAUGUCUUUGAGACUCCCUUACCCCACCCACUCUAACCACACAUAAAUGAAAUUGUGUUUGUUUUGCCUUUUGGAAGGGGAUAAUUUAAGGUUGGUGAUUUUGUGUUUUACUUCAAUUUAAGGAAACAUUUGGAUGGCAGUCAACAUGUUCAUAACUUUGGCUGCGUGUGAAUUUUUACUGGCGCCACCUAUGAAUCUUCUUCCUGCCUACUAUGUUGUGGGUUUUUUUUUUUCAGUGUAUGAGCAGUCAUGUACCUACCUGCCCUUGGAUGAAACUGAAUUUAGGUAGACCUGAAGAGUUAGUUGUAUACUACUCCUAUGAGACAGUACUAAUGCACUCUCCUUUUCUGAUUUCAUCUUCUGGGGAAUCUAUUUUAUUAAAGGGACUAUUUGUGAGAGUGUAUUUGUUACCAGCGUAUACUUGUACUUUCUUAGCUUCAUGACGUGAGGAUCAGAAAGAGGUAACAGUGGCUCAGGGUAUCGCAGGGACAAAUGAGGACAAGGUCAAUUCAAACGUGUAGGUUAGAAAGAAUUUUUAUGGACACAGUGCUUUCUGGGAAGCUCUUGCUGGCUGGCUCUAAUUCACAAAAGGAAAUAUGCAAAGUGGUAACACCUAAAAAUAAGUAGGGGGGUCAGACACCAAAUAAAUCAAGUUUUACACAACAGUUAUAUUCCCGGUUUAUUUAGGUGAGAUUUUACAUUACACUUUUUUUGAGGAGCUUGAAAAUGGGUUAGCCUCUGUAUUUUCCAGUUUGGCAAAGAUUCAGAAAUGUAUCACAUUGCUCCGCCCUAAUUUUGCCCAGAAUUUUAUUGCCAGUUCCUGUUGGAGAAGUGUGCUGCCUCUCUCUAAUAGUGGUCAAUCACUUUUAAAGAGCCAUUGUAAUCUGGCUUUUAAAAACAAUAAAAGUUACCAAUAAGCAGAUUGGAAGAGAUUUUGAGCUGUCAAAACAUUCCAGUGUUGAGAACUUUCUGGAGGGACAAAAUGGGAGAGUAAGAGAUUUAGGUCUGGCUACAAGGUAGGGGAUGUCUCUCUACAUACAUACAAGUAUGUAUGCAUCAUAGUGUGUAUUUGUGUGUACACACACAUUCUUUCAAACAAAAUUCAUGAAAAGCAAUUAGAGUGAUCAGAUGUGUUGUAAAAACAAAGGGAAAGAGAGUUAAAAUUGCAGUUAAUUCCUGAGAAAUUUAGCAGGUUUACUUUACCAGACUGUAUUAGGAAAUAUUUUUAGUUACUGGUGUAUCUUCAGGACUAGUGGCGACUAAUAGACUUAAAUCUGGGGUCUUUACUGUUUACUUCCAGAACAAAUAAAAAAAGUCAAUCCAAAAAAAAAAAAGAUUUUAAGCUGAUUUUACAUAACCUCCAAAGUGAAAAAAAACACAAAUUAGUUUUGAAUAAGAAGAUACAGAAAGCGAAUGAUCACCUGUUGGCAAAUGGAGAAAGACAAGAAUAUUUUAAGUGAGUCUGAUACCGUUUUUAUUUACAGUUUUUUUUGUCCCAGUUAUGCAAACCACAAAACCAUGAAGUCUUUAUGAUAUUUGAUAAGUGUUUGAUAAAAUCUAUAUCAGUGGAGGCAUUUAAAUGAAAAUUAUGUUUUAUUUAUUUUCUGAAUGUUACUUCAUUCUGUCUCCAGAAUGAUUCCUUAAGGUAGAGAAAGAACAGGAAAGGCAGCAAAAGUACAAACAAAAAACUGUAUUCCUCUAGUUUCAAGACAAAACCUAGAUCAUAAAAGGUACUGGCUGUAUUACUUUUUUUUUAACUUUGAAUUUCUCACUUUACAAAAAGGGAUGUUAUAUUUGUGCUCAUCUUUUAUAGUUUAUAUUUUAUUCUAGUAAAGCACUAUGUGUAUGAAGAUAAUUCUGAAACAGAAGACUCCCCAAAUGCAAAAGAAAAAGAAAAGGGAAUGAAACUGAAGUUUGUACAUAGAAAAGCUAUCUUAGAAAUGUUUUUGAAUCUCCAGUUUCUGCAAAAUAAUUAAAAUAUACAGUAACUGGUCUCUUAAGAUCCUGAAUUUAAUGUAUUAAAUACUUACAAAAUUUCUGUUUAUUGGUGCCUUUUUAAAAUGCAUUGAGAAAGUGUUGGUUAGCUGUUGUAGCUCUCCAACACUUUUUAUUAUGUAUUUUUAAAAAUCACUUAAAAUUGAGUACAAUAUAGUUCAUCUCUGUUUUCUUAGGGCAAAACCAUUAGAGGUAUUUCUAAUACAGAGACGUUUAGCUCAUCUCUUUAAAAUAAAAGGAAACUUUGAAACCAGAUUUUAGUACCUCAUUAGUUUGGUAAUAUUUUCUGAAUACUAUUACAAGAUUAUGCAGGUAAAAUAUGAGGUAGAGGGAUAUUUUAGCUGUGAAUUGUAUUAUGGUAUGUGUUUUGUUUUAAGGAAGAAUGAGUUUUAGUGUCAUACAAGGAUUAUUAGUGGAAUUUUGGUCAAUGAAAUACAGUAUUGUUUUGGAAUUUCAUUCUCAGACUACUGCUGUUCUAGUCUUAGAAUCUGUCUUCUAAUCUGUUCAUGUUUCCUGGAGUAAUGUAAAGAAGCAGGUAAUUAAUUCUUCUUGAACAAAACUAAACUCAACAGUCGUAUAACAUUGCUGUUCUCCAAAGCAUAAUCUCAAAUGGUUUCCUUACCAUGGUUGUGUAUUACUUGCAAUGGAUAUGUUAGGAUAUGACAGCUUUUUCAAAGUGAGCUGCUUGGUAUACAAAGCAAAUGUCAUAUGACCAAGAAGCUGUGAUAUGCUAGUGUUUCUUUUUAAUCAUAGUGUAUUGCUAGGCCAAAUAAUGACACCUUGAAUAUUUUUACGUUUAUUGCAACAACCUAAAAUUUGGGGAUUUGCAUAAGGUUUUUAUGUAAUAUUAUAUUUCUAGCUUUUUAGUUUUCUCUUGCUGUACUGUAAGUUUCUAGAUAUCUUUCACAUGCACUCUUAAAAAUAUGUUCCUAAUUCUGUUUGUGGGGUUUUUCUCCCAUUACAUUACAUUUGUAUAUUUUCUGUAUAAAUUUGUUGUGGAUUAACCUUUAUCCCAUACAGAGAAUGGUACGUGAAUGACUAGUUUUCUAAGAUGUCCUUUUUAUUGUGAAUAAAAUAUAAAAUGUAGAGGCCCUCUGCUAAGCCACAUAGAGUACAACAUAUAACUUCAUUUAGGUACAGAUAAGCCAGUUUGCAGUUAAUUGGGCCCUUCAAAUUACCUCAAGUGACAGUAAGAAAAGCUUCUCAAACGGGUGGAGGUCACUGAAUCCCCUACUAUGCACUUAUCAGGAUUCUACUUAAUUUAAUUUACUGGAAAUGGACUUUGAAAAAAUGAAUACACUGUAACAAGGGAAGGAUUCUGGGUUUUGGUUUUUGUUGUUUUUUUUCUUUUGUGUUUGUUUUUUUAAAGUAGGUCAAUUUCUGAAACUGUGAUAAAACAUUUCAACUGUCAAGCACUCCCAGAUUUUGAACAAAAAUCACUUCCCCUUUGUGUAACAAAGUUCUUUGUUAUCUCUUAAAUUUUGUCUACUCUUCCCCACACACUUCCUGUCUGUCCAUGUCCCUUCUGUCAUUGUCUCUGCCUCUCUUUCCCCCCACUAGUUUGUAGACUAAUCAAUUCUUAUUUCCAGUUCAUUGGUCUCUUAAGUCUUAACUUUUUUGUGUGUGAUUUUUGUUGGCUGUAUAAUCUGCUGACAUUUUUAUACUCAAUUGUAGUUUUUUAUUUUAAAAAAAGUAGUUGGAUUAAAAAUAAUAAGGUAUAACCCUUGUGUUACUUUCACUUUCAAAUAUUGGGUACAUAAAAUAUUACUUCAGACAUUAUGUAAUCAUAAUAUGAUAUGUUUGCCUUCCUUUUUUGUUGGACUUUGUGUUCUGACUUGGUUUCCUCCUAAAAUGUAUAUUAUGAGAUUGAACAGUUUUUUGCAAGAACUUAGAAAGAUGUUAAAAAUCUAAAGCAAAAAGUCUUAACUGUCUCCCACUUGGGAGAAAAUGCUUUAACAUUACUAUAAUAAUAUUCCAGGUUUGGAGGGGACUCUCCAGGCUCCAUAUUUGCUCUUAAUAGUUGGACCUUUUAGACCAUGUGCUAUUUGCAAUCUCAGAAUAAUUGUUUCUGCUAUUUAGUUUAAAAGAUAUUUCUCCUUUUUUUUCUGUACAAGUGCAAUACUUUCCUUGAAGUCUUAAAAACUGUGGUUUUAUUUUUUUUUCUGUUCUGACCUAAUCUUUAGGUAAUGACAAAAAGAAACCCUUAAAAGUGGUGGUGUUAGUUAAAGGACACACAAGCAAAGAGAAAAACACUCCACAAUAUAAAGAUUAGAGAAUGUGGAAACCACUGGUCUAAUCUCAUGGUAUCUUUAGUAGGCUAAAUUUCAGUGAAAUUAGUAAUAUUUUGCCUGAGAAACAUGUCCUAAAGUUGAAAAAGUUGAUGAAGACCGAAUUUUUGUCUUAGACCCUUGCCCAAUAUUUUAAAUUAAUAGACUAUUUUUUAUUUCAUUUUUCUCCUUCUGAAAAUUAACUUUAAAAUAAAAGCAAAGCACUUAGCUCAAUUUUAAACACCACCUAUUGAAGAAAAUUUUUAAGAAAUACUUGGAGCACUCCUGUUUUCAUACAAAUUUAAGUAAAAAGUAUUUUUCGUAUCAUACAUAUUUAUAUGUAGUAUGCUGGUUUUCUUUUUUUAUACCUGUGACCCUGUAGUAAAACUGCUGUAAUUGUAAAUACAUAUUUUGUUAAAAGAUAACAUUUCUUUGGCAUUUCUUUUAAAGGCAAUUACUGAAUUUGUACAGUAUAUGUCUUGGCCAUUUUAGAAUUUUUCUUUAACAAUACCAAAGGUAAUUAGACUACUUUAAAAACUAAUUGCUUGACAGUUUCUAGAAUAUUUUGAGUUUUAGAAGCAAAAAAAAAA